AUGACGUCUUUUUGGAGCUCGGCCGUCUGGAAUAGCGCGGAGCCACUUCCUGAAAGAAUAUCAAGUUUCCUCCCCUUGACUGAUUAG